AUGUCGGACGUUGAGGAACCAUAUAACGAGGCACCAGAGAACUUCGAGGACUUCGAUGCUCCUGACCACUUUUCUGAUGACGACUUUGCCGAGCCUGCAGGUGCACAGGACGGCGAAGAUGUGGCCAUGAAAGCUGAAGAUGGCAGAACCAUCAUCAACGGAGGAUUCAGUGAAGCCGAUGCUCAAAUGAGGGUGAAGACGGCCAGGGAACUAGCUAUCCCGAAGGAAGAUAGGACUACCACGCCGUACAUGACCAAAUACGAGAGAGCUAGAGUUUUGGGCACCAGAGCUUUGCAAAUCUCGUUGAACGCCCCAGUUUUAGUCGACAUUGAGGGUGAAACCGAUCCUUUACAGAUUGCCAUGAAGGAGUUGGCUCAGAGAAAGACUCCCUUGGUGAUCAGAAGAUAUUUGCCUGAUGGCUGGUACGAAGACUGGGGAUGCGACGAGUUGAUUCUUGACCAGUAA